CCGGCCGCCGUGAGGCGCGGGAGAAGCCGGCGUGCUGGUUUUCCUAGCGCUGUCCCCUUGUUGAAACAGGCUUCUGGCCUGGGUCCGGGGCCGUCAUGGGGAAGGUGAAUGUGGCCAAGUUGCGUUACAUGAGCCGGGAUGACUUCAGGGUCCUGACCGCGGUUGAAAUGGGCAUGAAGAACCAUGAAAUUGUUCCCUGCAGUUUGGUUGCUUCUAUAGCCAGCCUUAAACAUGGUGGUUGUAAUAAAGUUUUAAGAGAACUAGCAAAACAUAAACUUAUAGCUUGGGAGCGAACCAAAACUGUCCAGGGCUAUCGGUUGACAAAUGCAGGCUAUGAUUACCUAGCUUUGAAAACACUUUCUUCUAGACAGGUGGUUGAGUCUGUUGGAAACCAGAUGGGUGUUGGCAAAGAAUCUGAUAUUUACAUUGUUGCAAAUGAAGAAGGGCAGCAAUUUGCAUUAAAGCUUCACAGACUGGGAAGAACCUCCUUUCGAAAUCUGAAAAACAAGCGUGAUUAUCAUAAACACAGGCAUAACAUGUCUUGGCUUUAUUUAUCUCGUCUCUCUGCCAUGAAAGAAUUUGCUUAUAUGAAGGCAUUGUAUGAAAGGAAAUUUCCAGUUCCAAAGCCAGUUGAUUAUAAUCGCCAUGCAGUGGUCAUGGAACUCAUAAAUGGCUAUCCUCUAUGUCAGAUACACCAUGUUGAAGAUCCUGCAUCAGUAUAUGAUGAAGCUAUGGAACUAAUUGUUAAACUUGCAAAUCAUGGGCUGAUUCAUGGAGAUUUCAAUGAAUUCAAUCUCAUUUUGGAUAAAGAUGACCACAUCACCAUGAUCGAUUUUCCACAAAUGGUUUCAACUUCUCAUACCAAUGCUGAAUGGUAUUUUGACAGAGAUGUUAAAUGCAUCAGAGAUUUCUUCAUGAAACGUUUCAGCUAUGAAAGUGAGCUUUUCCCAACAUUUAGUGAUAUCAGGAGGGAGGACUCUCUUGAUGUAGAGGUUUCUGCCAGUGGCUACACAAAGGAAAUGCAGGCAGAUGAUGAACUACUUCAUCCAGUAGGUCCAGAUGAUAAAAAUAUUGAAACAGAGGAGGAAUCUGAAUUCUCAUUUUCUGAUGAAGAGAUAUCAGAAAAAGCAAAGGACUGUAGAUCAGAUAAUGAAAGUGGACAAAACUCUAUAGGUGAAUCAGUUGACUGCUGUUACAGAUCAUCUGGAGACCUUGAACAAAUAAAGGAAGACAGUUUGUCAGAGGACAGUGCUGAUGCACAUAGUUUUGAAAUGACUGAAUUCAAUCAACCUUUAGAAGAAAUAAAAGGGCAGGUUGUUAAAAACAAUUCUGUAACUGAGUUUUCUGAGGAGAACAGCAGAACUGAACAUGACACCAGGCAAGAUGAUAAGACAGGUCAAGGUGGAAUCCUCAUGGGCUCUGAGGAGUAUGAAGAUGAGUGCCCUCAUAUGAUUGCCUUGUCAUCAGUAAACAAAGAAUUCAGGCCUUUCAGAGAUGAAGAAAAUAUGGAAGAUACUAAUCAACAUAGAAGAAGAACUCUGAGUGUUACUUCUAGUGUGUUAAGCUGUUCAACAGUUCCUCCGGAAUUGGUGAAACAGAAGGUGAAGCGUCAGUUGACAAAACAGCAAAAAUCAGCUGUGAGACGACGAUUACAGAAAGGAGAAGCAAAUAUAUUUACAAAGCAACGGAGAGAAAACAUGCAAAAUAUUAAAUCAAGUUUGGAAGCAGCUAGCUUUUGGGGAGAGUAAUAUAUUUAAGAACUUGAAUAUUUUUCAAAAAGUUACUAUGAUCCCUUUUUAAGCCACCUUUAGUAUUUUUUGGACCAAGGCAGAUAUAUAUAUAAAUAGAUAAGUAAACCCUCUUUCAUCAAUAAAUUUGACUCAUUCAGUACAUGUCUUCUAAAGAAUAACUAUAGUAAUUCUGCUAAAGCAACCCAGUUUUCCAAGUAAUUUUUUGUUAGGAAUAUUUGAGUAUUUUUUAAAAUCUAAAUAUCACUGUUUUUGCUGGGUUUUGUUCUCUACCACAAACAGGUAGAUUGCUUGGUUUCGUAUUCCAGCUUUUCCACUUACUAGUGGAAACAACCUUAGGCAAGUCUUAUUUCUCUCUCCCUCUUUCUCUCCUUCUCUGCCUCAGUUUUCUUAGUGUUAAAAUUGGGUUUAUAACUACUUUGUAGCCUUGUUUUGAGGAUUAUAUGAGACAAUGCACAGAAAACACUUAGAACAAUGCCUAGCACUUUAAAGUGUAGCUAUUGGAAUGGUCAUUAUAAUGAUGUUUAUCUUUCAGAAAAUCUGCUAAUGACUUGGUUGCUUUUUAUUUAGCCGCAGGCAGAAUUCACUGCCAUAUAUUUUUUUAGUCUCUAGUAUUAAGGAUAAGCCAGCAAUGUCUCCUUUUAUUUUCUGCUACUUAAAUUGGUAAUGUGGUCAUGGGAACAGAAACUUGAGAUAGUCACACCAUGACUUUUACAGUUUCCAGUUUUUAUGCAGCCUGAACAGAAGUAGAAGACUUAAGGGUGGGGGGAAGUAGAAGGGAUGAGAAGUGAACAGUUCUUUCUGAUAUUCUUAACUGGGUGGGUCAAGAACAUAUUUCACGUCAAAGAUAACAAAUAUAGUUGACCCUUGAACAACGUGGGUUUGAACUGCGAGGGUCCACUAUACACGGAUUUUUUUUCAAUAAAUACAUACUACAGUACUGCAUGAUCUGAGGUUGGCUGAAUCUGUGGAUGUGGGAGGGCUGAUUGUAAAGUUAUA